AUGCUGACGCGUACUCCAGACGACGAGUCCCAUUGCUGCGCUGAGAUUGACGGCAGGAAGGAUGGCGACAUGGACCAAUAUCGACAGUGCACCAAUUCCGGUCCAGAGACACAUCUGCGUCAAGCGACUUCCGAGUCUAGUACGGACGAGCAUCGUGCAUACCUUCUCGAACAGUGGCGCUUCAACGUUCGCUUGUGCAGUGGCUCGUCUGACAAAGCCGCCGAGGACGGUGAAGUCGCCCCAGAUGCCAUGAACACCGCGCCACUAGAGCCCAAGGAUGAGAAACCUUUCGACAUUCUAGACUUCGCGGUCUAUGAUGAGCUCCACGACAUUUCCAUCCUCCGUUCUGCCUGCAUGCCACUAAGUCGAACGAUGGGAACCAGCGCUGUGAACGGCGAGGACCCGAAGCGCUGCUGGUGGAGGGCGAACGGUGGGAUCUCAAGCUUGCGUGAGAUGGGCCUGGACACGAUGCACGAUACCAUGGAGGGUAUGUGCGAGGCAUGGGAUUGGCGGGAAGCCUGCGCGAUAGGUGACGCGGGGGAUUCAGAGGAACGUCGUGUCGCUGCAAAGUUGUAG